AUGGAGUGUUGCUCAAACACGAGUACAGGAGCGUCGUCUCCUUCCAGCUUCUCUUUGUCGGUCACUCAGUCGCCUGAAGCCAUCAACACCCCGGACACCCAAAAGUCAGUUCUGUUCGAUGAGGACAUCGCGGCGGAUCCCUUGGACAUUGGCGAAAAUGCUUCGCCUUCAUUCAUCAUGGUGGUGGGAGGCCUUGGUUACAUCGGGUCCCACACUGUCCUCGAGCUGAUGAAGGCGGACUACAACGUCCUGGUCAUCGACGACCUGAGCAACUCGUACGAAAGUGUCUUGGAUCGCAUCAAGAUGUUGGCCACCGAAUAUUGCGCAAUUCACAAUAAGCCAGUACCAGCGUUACACUUUCAGCAGCUGGACUAUCGGAGUCCCCUGAUGAGGUCGAUCCUUGCAAAUUACUCGUCAUACCGUGUAUGCAACAAGCCAGCAGCCACCUCAUCUGCGCGCUUCCCUUAUUCGACUCUGCAACGCACGGAUUCCGGUAUCGACAUGGAACCAGAAGACACGCCAGAGCCUAUGCUUCAGCGACAGUCCAGGAUUACUGGUGUAAUCCACUUUGCCGCUUACAAGUCCGUCGAAGAGAGCAUCCGUAUGCCCCUCAAGUACUACAUGAACAACGUUUGUGGGAUGGUGGAAUUCCUUGGUCUGCUUGAGGAGUUUGGUAUCAAGAACUUUGUCUUCUCAUCCUCGGCAACGGUGUACGGUGAAGGCGCCAACUGCGGUGCCCCUCUACGCGAAGAACUCUGCGUGCACCACCCGGAAACAUUCUGCGACAGCGAUGGAGUUCAGCUACAGGCGAUUCCUGGAGUGAUGGGUCUCACCUCGCCGUAUGGCCGGUCCAAGUUCAUGUGCGAAUCGAUCUUGGCGGACAUUGCGCGGUCAGAUGCAUCGUGGUCGAUCACAGCCUUGCGAUACUUCAACCCCGUUGGAUGCCACGAAUCUGGACUGCUGGGUGAAGAUCCUCGCCAAAAACCAAGCAACCUCAUCCCCGUCAUUGCCACCGUCCUUACAGGCACUAAGCCGGUCUUGGACAUCUUUGGCACCGACUGGAAUACCCCAGACGGGACAGCUGUUCGAGAUUUUAUCCAUGUUGUCGAUCUGGCGCAGGGCCAUAUUGCUGCUUUGGCGGCGUCGGCGGCUGGUCGUGUCAAAGCACCUUUCCGGACGUACAACCUUGGAACCGGUCGAGGUCAUACAGUACGUGAAGUACACGAGAGUCUUCAAAGUACCUCAGGAAGAACAAUUCCAGUGCGUGAGGUGGGCCGGAGGGCGGGUGACGUUGGCUUCUGCGUAGCGGAAGUCGGAAGAGCCGAGAGCGAACUUGCAUGGAAGGCACAGAAGACGUUGAAGGACUGUUCGGUUGACGUGUGGAACUUUACCAAAGGGCGGUGUCCAGUGACUGACGAGAUGGAAUACUAA